AAAUGUUCUUCCGGUACUAACACCCCGCCUUCUAUUUUAAAGUCGAAAGGAAAUUUCCAUUCAAACAUUCAUUCAAAGUUCCUCGUCGUGGAAGGUUCUAGAAUACGGAUCCUCGUUAAAUAUAUUUGCGGUCUCUGCGCUCAAGGUCUGAACUUCCUUUACUGAUCACUGCAAGAAGCUCUCAUCAAACUCAACCUUCAUCUCAUUCCUGAAUUCCUCACUUCAAAAUGUCUCAGCAAAUCAGCCUCCCUGCCAAACUGAUUAAUGGUGGCGUUGCUGGCAUCGUUGGGGUCACUUGCGUGUUUCCCAUAGAUUUGGCCAAGACCAGACUCCAGAACCAGAGACCAGGCCAGCAAGUCUACAAGAGCAUGAUUGACUGCCUCAUCAAAACAGUGCGAUCUGAGGGAUACUUUGGCAUGUAUAGAGGCGCUGCGGUCAAUCUUACCCUGGUCACUCCUGAGAAGGCCAUCAAACUGGCUGCCAAUGACUACUUCCGGUGCCACCUUUCCAGAGAUGGGAGAGGGCUGACUGUAUUUAGAGAGAUGUUGUCUGGAUGUGCUGCUGGCAUGUGCCAAGUUAUUGUCACUACUCCAAUGGAGAUGCUGAAAAUUCAACUACAGGAUGCUGGGAGACUAGCCGCUCAGCAGAGAAAACCAUGCAUCAUUCCUCCCAAUAGACUGGCGACCACAAAUGCAGUGUUGAGUCGCUCCUACAACGUAGUGCCCAACACCUCACUCAGGGCCGUAUCUGCCACCCAGAUCGCAAGAGAGUUACUGCACACUCAAGGCAUCCAGGGGCUCUACAAAGGCCUUGGUGCAACUCUAUUGAGAGAUGUACCUUUCUCGAUCGUCUACUUCCCUCUCUUUGCAAAUUUGAACAAGCUGGGUAAGCCCUCCCCUGAUGAGGCUGCACCAUUUUAUUGGUCAUUCAUCUCUGGAUGUGUCGCAGGCUCCACCGCUGCUGUUGCCGUUAACCCAUGUGAUGUGGUUAAGACCAGGCUGCAAUCUCUAAGCAAAGGAGCCAACGAGGAAAGCUACAGUGGCAUAAUUGACUGCUUUGGCAAGAUCAUGAAGCGAGAAGGGCCAUCAGCUUUUCUUAAGGGAGCUGGCUGCAGGGCUAUAGUUAUGGCACCACUGUUCGGUAUCGUACAGGUCAUGUACUUCAUUGGCGUAGGAGAGUUUAUCAUGAGCCAGUCCUCCCUAAAGCUAAUCUCUGGCUGAACAGACCCCAGUACCUCAGACUGUGGCAGCUACACAACCAACUACAUUUUACAAGAGAAGAUAAACGUUAAUCAAGAUGGUAGAGUUGUCGAGUGACAACUUCUACUCUGGUUAAGUUCCUGAGUUUUUUCCAGCCUUACCACACUUCCUCUGGUUUAUGGGCUUUUUUGAUGGGCUGUGGCCAGCAUUUUGCACUUGUUGGUAAGGAUAUGGAGGAGAGCGCUUGAGGUGCUUAUGUUUUCUUGAAGCAUAUGUAAAGGUUUCCCCUCAAUGAGGGAGACUGGUGUCACUGUAAUGACACUGUUUUUCUUGACUUUUGUUCAUCUAGCUACAACUCUUUUUGUAUAAUCCUUUGGCCCAAUUUGUCUUUUUCUUUUUUUUUUUUCUUUUUUUUAAUCCUGCUCAGAAUUCACUUAUUUCUGUGUAUUUUUGUUCCUGUCACUGUUUUCAGUGUCUAAACAAUUGGGUUACUUUAAUGCUAUUGAAGCUUUCAGACUUUGUAACUCUAAAUUGUUCAUAGUUUUAGGGAAUGUCAUUGACAUUCAUUCAGUUUCAUUCCAUCAGAUGCACAUCAUGGUCCAUUGAAGUUUCUGAGCUGAUUUUGGAGAAGGUGCAGUCUAAAAUGAAGUAUGCAGUGGCAACCUAAAACAGCAUAACAUAUGAUGCAUAUUGUAUUCAUGCAAUAUUUAAAAUGGGCAUUUAUUUUUCUUUUGUUACAUGGACCAGCAUGUUACAACUAGUUUUCAGGGAUUUCUGAUCCCAGAGCGUAGGUCAUUAUUUUCAGGUCAUGUGUUUGCCUUGAAUUAACAUGAAAGACAAACUGUUCACAAAGUUUGAUAAACCUGGCCUUGAGCAAAAGGCUGUGUUUAAUUGCUGUGAUGUUUGAAAGUAUUAACAUUUUCUUACAAUGACGCCUCAAUGCAACAUGUAUUAAAUUGUUUAAUGCAAUGGUCUAAUUCAACAUUACAAAAAUGAGUUAAAAAAAA